AAUCCAACAACAUAUUUCAUAACGACAGCCUCAACAGUCAGAUCCAGUUGUUGAUGGACGAAGCGACGGACCGUCUUAUUGUAGGGGGAACAGAUAUGUUGUUUGUUUUGGAUAUGAAAACUAUGAAGACUACCCAGACAGUAGAAUGGAUAUCUAGAGAUGAAGUCUUGUGUGAGGCCCGGAAUAUACCUAAGGAUAAGUGCCGGAACUACAUUCGUGUAUUGAUACCUUAUGAAGGCGAUAAAAUCUUCGUCUGUGGAACACACAGCUACUCCCCACAGUGCACUCUCAGAGACGCCCAGGAUCUGAACCUCAUACUUCGUAAUAUAACCGGCGUGACUUACUGCCCCUUCAGUCCGGAUAUCAACUCCAUUGUUGUCAUGACGAGCAAUAUGGACGCAUACAGCGCCUCAGUGGCGGAUCCACAGGAGCGUAACCCGAUCAUAGUCAAGAAGGGUCACGACGGUCACAUUCUGAUUACACCAAAGUCGAAUUCUUACUGGCUGAAUGCUCCAAGUUUUGUAUCUGCUUAUGAGAUCAAUGAAUUUGUGUACUUCUUCUUCCGAGAGGCAGCUGUAGAGAACAUAAACUGUGGAAAGGUGGUUUUUUCAAGAGUUGCAAGAGUGUGUAAGAAUGACAAAGGAAUUGGCACAUGGACUACAUUUUUAAAAACAAGACUCAAUUGCUCUUUGCCAGGGGAAUACCCCUUUUACUUUGAUGAGCUUCAGUCAACGUAUUACUCAGAAGACAAGAAGUUGGUGUAUGGUGUGUUUACAACACCCAAGAAUGGCAUGGCGGGUUCAGCUGUUUGUGUAUAUAGUUUGACAAGCUUUCAAAAUGCUUUUGAAAGCCCAUUUAAGUUUCAAGAACACUACAAUAGUUUAUGGCUAGCCAAGCCUAACAACAACAGUAGACAGUGUGAAAAAACUAAAAGAUCUCCAAAUGAUAGAAGACCACCAAACAAGGGACCUGAAAAUCAUGUGUUGAUGGAUCAGGCAGCCAUGCCAAAAAAUAAUCAACCACUUAUUAUGAAAAGAAAUGAAAGGUGGACCCAAAUAGCAGUAGACCACCUGUUAUCUCAAGGAGAACAUUUUGACAUCAUAUUUCUGGCCACUGAGGAAGGCAAAGUUCUUAAGAUGAUGAAAAAUCCAAGGGCAGAAGAAGCCUGCCUUAUUGAAGAACUCCACGUCGUGCCCAACAAAAGUGAUGUAAUACAGAACAUGAAACUUUCCAAAGCUCACAACUCUCUUUUCAUUGCGAUUAGAGAAAACAUCAUCAAAAUCCCCCUGCAGCGCUGUGAAAGGCUUAGUACAAAGCAGAUCUGUAUAACGGCCCAAGACCCCUACUGUGGCUGGCAUAAUAAAGAUAAGAAGUGCAUCCCGCAACCAGUUAACCCGGAAGAUUAUAUCCAUUGGGAACAGAAAAUUGAAGGAUGCCCUGAUAUAAAGUCACGAAUCCAUGGAGGUUGGUCUGACUGGUCGGAGUGGACCACCUGCCCAUAUAAUGGCGACGACAAACACACAGAGUCGUGUCUCUGUCGGUCAAGAACUUGUGAUAAGCCUGUACCUAUCAAUGGGGGCAAGUACUGCCAUGGACACCAUAUUGAGAUCAAGGACUGCAAAGUGAAUGGGGCCUGGACAGAUUGGUCACCGUGGUCACCCUGUUCUAGGACUUGUGGCUGGGGUGAAAAAACCAGAACACGAAUAUGUGGAGAACCCGCACCCCAGUUUGGUGGAAAGCCUUGUGUUGGUAAAGAUAUAGAUAAGCAGUCAUGUGACAGUGCGCCAUGUCCAGCAAUCCCUAUUGAUGGUGAGUGGUCGGAAUGGGCAGGAUGGAGCACCUGUACUGUCAACUGUAACAAGGGCUUCCAGGUCAGGAAGAGGCGCUGUGACAAGCCCAAGCCCAACAACGGAGGGCGCCUCUGUGAAGGCAACAACGAGCAGUACAGGACGUGUAACACACACGUCUGCACAAAAAAGACAAAUAUAGGAUACUGGUCUGACUGGUUCAACACAAACAGGACAAAAACUGGUCACUUCCAGCAGCGGUUCCGCUUCAAGUGCACGGCUCCAGUUGACAACGCUGAUGAUAUCAAGAUAACAUUCGCAGAAAGCCAGGCGCAGUUCUGUCCCAAGAAAACCAAUACCUGCAGCAGCUUAGACGACAAAACAUCGCCAACAUCUUUAUCAGCGAGAUCUGACCUCGAUGAAUCUCUGCGUAGAGUUUGUAACCGAAAGACUAAAUCGUUCAAAGGAUUCUGUAACUGUCGAACUUUGGGUGUGUUUUUAGUGUGUAAAAAAUGUGACAAUAUAUGACUAGCAGAAAGCUACUGGGAUGUACUGCUUGACUAUUUGGUGGCCCUACCUGAAUACUUUUGGGAGCCACAAAACAAUGAAGUUAACCAAGUUAUAAUCCAAGAUAAGAAGAAAGGUAGGAAAAGAUUAUCUCGGAAAUAUAACAAGACAAGAUCAUCACCUUGAGAUGGGUUAACUUAUUUUGUUUUUGCAUUAUAAAUGAGAUCCACAACCACACAAUUUUGAAAACAAGUAAGAUCAGAACUCUCUACCCCAAAGAAUUAAAAAAUUAAAGUAUUAAUACAUUUUUGAUAUUUAUUUAGAAUAUUUGAUUUUUUUAGUUAAACGUUCUUUUCAAGCAUUUCAUGUUUUCCUGUCAAUUAUAAUCUUUCAUAAUAAACAACUUUUUUGGUAGGGGUCAUUUCUUUAUUCUAAGGGGUUUUUUUUUACUUUAUUUUUAACAAUUUAGUUAUAUUUAUUUUAAUAGCAAAUGCCAAUUUCACUCCUGCAAUUGGUAAUAAUACCUGUAAGCCAUAAGUUAAUCUUAAUUAGAAAUUUACUGUUACUUUAUAAAGAUUCAAAAUUUUAAAAUUGAAUAUUUUUUGCCUAAUUGAUUAGAAUUAAAAUUUGUAUUAUUGCUAGCAUCAGAUUUUGUUUUGUUUUUAGGGGUCAUUCAUUUAUGUCCUAAAAAAACUGGAUAUUUAGACACACUCCUCCUUUCCCCAGCUGUGGAUAUCCAAAAGAUUUAAUUUGAAAAUUAUACAUAGGUAUAAAAAUACUUAUGCAUAUAAAUUCAUUACUGUAUAUGUGUACUUUGCAGUGCUGUAUUUCAUUGAAUGUUAAAAGUAAAAAUUAAAAUCAUUUGAGAAAAAAUCUACUUUUUUUUUUACAACCCCUCUCCAUUCAUGAGAUAAACAUAAAUGAUUGACCCUUUUAAACUGCUGUAACUGUUCAAACAAUACAUCUUGUUGAUUCUCUGUCUUCCACAAAAAAACCAAAACAUUAAAAUUUUGCUAUUGCAAAUAAAUUAUUUCUUAACAAUUUUAAUCUU